CUCCUGUAAUUACACACAGUUUUGUAUUGCUAGGUCCGGAAUGAACCGUCUCAAGACGAUGUCCUGAGGGUGAUAAGACUUUUGAAGAGCUACUGUUUUGUAAUCUCAGCAAAUGCUGAUUCCGAAGGACUGCCUGUUCUGUUGUGAGUUUAGACUGAACUGGUCGGCUAGCCAGUUAGACAGCUAAGUUAGCUAGCAUAUUCACUUCCCGUUUCCGCGAAGGCCUUUUUUUUUUUACUGAUCACCGGUGUACUCGUAAAAAGCAGACGGAGACCCCUGCUUAUUCACCGGAAGAGAAGUCUUAGGAGCCCCAUGCUGUAGGAUGUUUAUUGACCACAGCCUGAGCUGUGCAGGGUAUCUCUCUCUGGCUGCCCAUGGUCCACAGUAGCACAAUGACCGCCGUCCCUGCCCGGCCCCUCCCCAGAGUCCUUCACCAGUUCUUUAAAUGAUAUGAUAGUAGCCACCUGGAUUGUAUUUUGCGCCAGUAGGAGCCUUGUGUGGGUUCUACAACUGACCGUAGACCAGCUGCGGUCAUUUCAGUUUUGGCAAAGCCUUGAGACAGCCAGGACUAUGGGCAACAGCUGUGUUUGUAGAGAGGACAGCGAUCUGGAGGAAGGAUCGGCACCUCGUCGACAGCUGAGGAGGAUCGAUAAUUCGGCUGGCGAGCCGGCGGAGGCCAGGAGUAGCCGACCGAGGGACCCGGUCAGGCCGCCAAGACGGGGUCGGGGACCGCACGAACCCCGGAGGAAAAAGCAAAACGUGGAUGGCCUGGUGCUGGAUACGCUGGCAGUAAUCAGGACUCUCGUUGACAAUGACCAAGAACCCCCGUAUUCCAUGAUCACACUGCACGAAAUGGCUGAAACAGAUGACGGCUGGUUAGAAGUGGUUCAGUCUCUGAUCAGGGUUAUACCCCUGGACGACCCCCUGGGCCCCGCUGUCAUAACCUUACUGCUGGAUGAGUGCCCCCUGCCCACCAAAGAUGCUCUGCAGAAGCUGUCUGAGCUGUUGAAUCUGAGUGCUGCUGUGGCGCGUCAGGACGCCCUCAUCCCUGCCAAACACCGCAACACCACCGCUGUACUGGGCUGCCUCGCCGAAAAGCUCGCCGGUCCAGCCAGCAUAGGACUUCUCAGCCCUGGAACUCUAGGCUAUUUGUUGGAGAGCUUGAGUUCAGAGGCCCAUCCCACAGUUAUGCUGUUCGCUCUCAUCGCUCUGGAGAAGUUCUCUCAGACCAGCGAAAACAAGCUGACUGUGUCUCAGUCGUGUAUCAGUGAUCGGCUGGCGGUUCUGGAGUCCUGGGCUGACCAUACAGAUUAUCUGAAGCGACAGGUUGGCUUCUGCGCACAGUGGAGCCUGGAUAACCUCUUCCUGAAAGAGGGCCGUCAGUUCACAUAUGAGAAAGUCAACCUGAGCAAGAUCAACGCCAUGCUGAACAGCAACGACGUCAGCGAGUACCUGAAGAUUUCUCCAACAGGACUGGAGGCACGGUGCGAUGCAUCCUCGUUCGAGAGUGUGCGAUGCACCUUCUGCGUGGACUCGGGCGUUUGGUACUACGAGGUCACAGUCAUCACCUCUGGGGUCAUGCAGAUCGGCUGGGCCACCAAGGACAGCAAGUUCCUCAACCACGAGGGCUAUGGGAUUGGUGAUGACGAGUACUCGUGUGCGUAUGACGGCUGCAGGCAGCUGAUCUGGUACAACGCUCGCAGUAAACCUCACUCUCACCCCUGCUGGAAGGAAGGCGAUACCAUAGGCUUCCUCUUGGACCUCAAUAAGAAACAGAUGAUUUUCUAUCUGAAUGGCCAUCAGCUGCCUCCAGAGAAACAAGUCUUUUCCUCUGCCACGUCGGGCUUCUUUGCGGCAGCUAGUUUUAUGUCUUACCAACAGUGUGAGUUCAACUUUGGGGCAAAGCAAUUCCGCCACCCCCCGUCUGUUAAGUUCAGCACCUUUAAUGACUUUGCGUCGCUGGCAUCGGAUGAGAAGAUCAUUCUCCCCAGACACAGGCGUCUGGCCUUGCUGAAGCAGGUCAGUAUCAGAGAUAACUGCUGCACAUUGUGCUGUGACCAGAUGGCAGACACAGAGCUGCGGCCGUGUGGACACAGUGGGAUUUGUAUGGAGUGUGCCUUACAGCUGGAGACAUGUCCGCUGUGUCGUCAAGACAUCCAAACGCGUGUCAGACUCAUCUCUCACGUGUCCUGACACCAACUAACCAAUUCAGAACAUGGACACUCCCCCUAGCUUCCAUACCGUCCAAUCCCCUCUGUCCGAGAGAUCGUACCUGACCAGUAGAAUCACGGCAUGGUUUCAGGACUUGAUAUUGCAGCUCGGACUAGGGACUUUUCAGAGGAUGGAGGGAUGGGGACCCUCCACACAUCUGCAACAGAGAUAGAGAGAAAAAAAAAAAAAAACGGAGAGAGGAAAAGAUAUAAGUCUCUCAAACACUCCGUGAAAAUUUCUUCAGUAAAGCUGUAAGCCGUCACCUGAGAGAGCUGGAAGAGACAUGGGGUGAUAGGAAACGCUUCUGUUGAGUUCAGAGCAUCGUUUCCAGAAACCCAUCAUUUAAACUCCAACCUACACGCUCAACCAACACGUGGAUUCUGUCCACAGCUUCUUCCUGCACUUCGGCUGUGUUAAAUGUGUCCUGAGUAUCUCUGUGUUAAGACGUGUGAAAUGUAGCUAUGAUGAUUUUUUUUUUCUCUCUCUCUGGUUUUAUUCCAGCUAUACUUAAAUGCACAACAACAACAGCAAA